AUGGUGGCCGGAGGAAGACAGCUGCUGGGCCUGGCCCUGGCCAUCAUUGGCUUCCUUGGGAGCAUCAUCAUCUGUGCACUCCCCACCUGGAAGGUGACAGCCUUCAUCGGUGCCAACAUCGUCACGUCGCAGGUGAUUUGGGAAGGUCUCUGGAUGAACUGCGUCACCCAGAGUACAGGCCAGAUGCAGUGCAAAGUCUACGAUUCCCUCCUGGCUUUGCCCCAGGACCUGCAGGCCGCCAGAGCACUGGUCAUCAUCGCCAUCAUUGCUGGGGUCUUCGCGAUCCUUCUCGGCAUCGCCGGCGGUAAGUGCACCAACUUCGUGGAGGACGAGAGGCAAAAAUGCAAAGUGGCUAUUGCUGCCGGCAUUGUCUUCCUCGUCGCAGGGCUUCUGGUCCUGAUCCCUGUCUGCUGGACGGCCAACACCAUCAUCCGGGACUUCUACAACCCGCUCAUGACCAACGCCCAGAGGAGGGAGCUGGGGGCUUCGCUCUACAUCGGCUGGGGCUCGGCAGGGCUGCUGUUUCUUGGCGGGGGUCUCCUCUGCAGCUCCUGCCCACCCGGCGAUGAGAAGGACUAUGGUGCGGAGUACGCCAAGGCUCGCUCUGUGGACGGCAGCAGCGCCUAUGUGUAGGCAGGACAUGGGCUCAGAAGAAGUAGCGAA